AUCUCAGACGAGGGUUGAAGACACCGAAGGAAGCUUUUAUGUCUCUGGUUAAAGCGAAGCCUUAGAACGAAGAGGACACGACGGCGGUGACUCCGUCUGCGACGACUCCCGCCGAUCGAACAUGUCGCGAUUUCACGAGGGACGGACGAAAUCGUGUUUCUACUCUUGACUAAGUAUUCCGAAUAUACGAGCAAGACGGUGGUGCUUCGAUCACCGAGAGACAUCAAGAGAGACAUGUCUUCGAUAUCAGCUCAAGGCGUCGUCGAGAGAGCCAGCGCCGAAUUGACCAAGAGGAUCAACGGCUUGGGAUUGAGGACCUCGAAGCAUCAUGGUGGAGGGAGGACGAGCGUCAUGGAACGCGUUACGAACGUCUUUUGCGGAGGCGGUGGGGUGGCAUAUACGAAUUUGCAGAGCGCGAACAACGUGAACACGAUUCCGGAGAAGCCGAGUAGGAGCGUUCCGACGUCGAUGAAUAACAUGUCGACAGGGAACAACAAAACCUUGAACAAUGGUACCGGUAGCAGGUCGAGGAUAUCACGGAACAAAUCGAAAACCGUUAGCCUCGCGAGUGGUGGUACGGGAGGGUAUGUCGCACCGAGCACGUGGGAGCAGUUAUUACAAGAUGAUCAUUUUCUUGGACGAUUCUUUCUUUAUUUCAAUGCCACCGAAAGAAGGAUAUUAGCUCAGGUAUGCACGAGAUGGCGAGACGUUCUAUACGCGAGACCAAGACUCUGGGCAGGUUUGGUACCAGUAGUCAGGUGCCGAGAAGCUCGAUCUAUGCCAUCCAGCUCGCGUACGCGUCUCUACGCCUCCUUGGUAAGACGAGGUUUUCAUUCGUUAGUUUUAUUGGGUGCCGCAGACGAAGAUAUACCAGAGUUAACGCACGGAUUUCCUCUUGCGCAACGAUACGUUCAUUCCUUGUCAUUACGAUGCUGCGCUGUCACCGACAGGGGCCUCGAAGCUCUUUUAGAUCAUAUGCAGGCUCUCUUCGAAUUGGAACUGGCUGGUUGCAACGAGAUCACCGAAGCUGGACUUUGGGCUUGUCUCACGCCCAGGAUAGUAUCGUUGUCCUUGUCCGAUUGUAUAAACGUCGCAGACGAGGCCGUGGGUGCAGUAGCCCAAUUGUUACCCAGUCUUUACGAAUUUUCGCUCCAGGCUUAUCAUGUAACUGACGCCGCAUUGAGAUACUUCAGCGCCAAACAGAGUAGCGCCCUUAGCAUUCUCAGGCUUCAAUCCUGCUGGGAACUCACCAAUCAGGCAGUAAUAAAUAUUGUACAUUCCUUGCCAAAUUUGACUGUAUUAUCACUUUCUGGAUGCAGUAAAGUGACGGACGACGGUGUAGAAUUAAUAGCGGAAAAUUUGCUAAGACUUCGUUCCUUAGAUCUGAGCUGGUGUUCGCGAAUUACAGACGCAGCCUUAGAAUAUAUCGCCUGUGAUUUGAAUCACUUAGAGGAACUUACGUUAGACAGAUGCGUCCACAUAACGGAUAUUGGCGUAGGUUAUAUUUCAACAAUGGGAUCCCUAAGUGCUUUGUUCUUGAGAUGGUGUUCACAAUUAAGAGACUUCGGACUUCAGCAUUUAUGCGGUAUGAGAUCCUUACAAGUGCUUUCCGUUGCUGGGUGUCCAUUACUCACUAGUAGUGGCUUAUCUAGUCUGAUACAGCUUCGUCACUUACACGAAUUGGAGCUAACCAACUGUCCAGGAACGUCACGUGAGCUCUUUGAUUAUUUACGAGAACACUUACCACGUUGCCUAAUCAUUGAAUAAGAGGAACCGAGUGCUAACUACGGUAUUUGCGAUACAACCUCUUCGAUUUCGAACGUAGUCGCGUUGCUCGGCGAUACGAAGGUGCGAACUCGACGCGACAGGAAGACUUGUAUUAUUUGUAUACAGAAAGAUUUGUGCAAAGCAAUACGUAGGGAAAAAAAAAAGAAAAAGAAAACAAAUGACAAUGAUACAUACGUACGAGCAAAAAGUAUAUCACGCAAGCGAAACGCAGAUAACGUCCAUAUUCUGAGAGCAUAACUAUGUUUUUCUUCUAACGGGCAAGGAAAAGGCCACACGCGAUAUGAUAAAUUACAUUAAGUAGUGUUUAGGCCUUUUUAAUACACCGACGCCAGCAUUUAAAACUGCACUUGUUCAUUCGCGUUAUGUUUUAACUGAUCAUAGUUUUAUUAUCUUCUUGUCUGCGUAAUACGUAUAGAUACAUAAUCCUAAUACCUCUUCACAUAUGUUCUUAAAGCAUGUUUUUUCGAAUAACGAGUAUCACCCAUUAUUCGACAAAAGCCAAAGUAUGCGAGGAUGAGAAAGAGGACUCACGCAAGUCACCGAUUCGUUUCUAUUCUGUAUAUUUCUAUAGGAAAGAGAGAUGUGUUACGCAUGACAUAUUUCAAUGGUUAGAGCUGUGAUAAGAUUUGUGUUACAUAAAAUUCCAUUUGACUUUGAAAUGUUCAUGAUAUAUUAUAUUAUCGAUAUUCAUGCCGCUUCACUAUUUGCACCUGCAAUCGGAAUAUUAGAUAAUUUGCUUUAAAGAAUCCUCCUAGAAAAACUAUACUGUUACGAGACAUUUACGAAACAUGUUACCGGUUUAUCUAGUACUUUAUUCUUAAAAGAUAUGCUUCAUAUAAUCUGUUUUAUAAUACAUGUUAUUGAAAUAAGAACUGAGAUCAAUUAUUACAUAUUUAUAUAUUAUGAGAAAUGAUAUUUGUAUUCGUGAUUUUACUUGAAAAUUUACUGUAAUGGAAUUAGCCUUUUUUAAAUUUAUAGUUUACCGUCGCGCUUUAGUUAUUUCAAAUUCCUUAUGCAAUAACACGUUAACAAGUCUAAUAUAAUAUAAACAGAGUAUUUCGUGUGUUUAAAGUAUUUAAGAACUUUACUAUUUGGUUAAGCCAAUAUGUCUUGCGACAUAAUAAACGACGUUAAUAUUUUAAGAUAAUAUCGAUGGAAAUUUACUAUUUAUGUUGUAUUUAAUAACUCGCGUAUAAUAAGUUAUAGGUAGCCAAUAGAAAGAUCUGUUUUCUAUAAUAUUGUAAUUAUUUUUGCGUGUGUUAUCACGUGUUUAGUACACAACAUCUUUGUAUAUAUUGUACAAAUUAUUCUUACUAAUUCUGUUAUCAAUCAAAACUAAGCGUAAACAUACCUGCACAUAAAAAAAUUGUAUUGGAAAAUAUGUCACUUUGUGAUGCAGGUCACAGAUGUAACAUUCUAUGAUACAUUGAGAUGUGCUGUGAAAUAUAAAUUUAUUGAUGAAGA